CCAAGUUCGCACAAGAUGUCGCUCGCCCAGAAUGAUAUCGUUGUAACUUGUCAACUUUAAUUCUGUCAAAAUUCGGCGAAAUAACGAAUUAAUGCCUGCCUAAAUGGUUGUUUCAGACUCAAUCCUCUUUCCUCCUUCCAACAUGAAGGUGCGAAUUACAAGUUUAGAUGGAAGGGAUUAUUUGGCCGACCUUCAUCCAGAAUGGAGUGUAGAUAAAGUGAAAAUCAUGUCGCUAAGUCAUUUCUUCAACCCAGCCGAGAGCAUGAAAACUUCACUGUACCAUAAACUGGUACAUGUAAGAUCUGGUAAAGUGCUUGAUGAAGAACGGAGUCUGGCGCAGGAAGGUGUCAGGGAUAAUGAUGAGCUGCUUCUUUUGAAAAGGCGACUUCCACCAUCUCCCUUUGAUGGACCUGAGAAGGCCAAGGCUGAUGGCAAGAAGGAUAUGGAUAUGGACACCAUUAGACGUAUGACAGCAGAUGUGCCCAAGUCCACAUAUGAAGCAGCAGAUGACUCGUCUGAUCCUGCUGUAGACUUCCAGACCGAGCUACGUCGUAUCCUGAUAUCAUUGAUAGAAGCAUCACAAAGAAUCCUCUGCAUGAACCCUGCCGCUGCUAAAAUAUUCAAGCAAGCUGAAGAAAUUCUCAAUGAACCUCCUCGGCCAACUCAGGUGGAUGCCAUGUCGCUCAAACAGUUGGUAGACAUGGGGUUUCCGGAGACGAGAGCAAGAAAAGCACUGAUGCUGAAUAAGAUGAAUGUGAUGCCGGCAAUGGAGUGGUUGUUUCAACAUGAAGACGACCCUGACAUUGAUGCGCCACUGCCAGGGGAAGAGGAGACAACUCCCAGACUCCAGAUGACUGAGGGAGCUAUUGGAGGCAAAGAAAAUCCUGAUGGAACUCCUAAAGUGACAAAUAUUCUCGAAUCUCUACGGGCUUUCAGGAAGAGGGAAUUUCGUCCAAAUGCCAGGGCUCUACAGAAGCUGCUGGAAAUGGGCUUCAGUGAACAGGAGGCGACUGAUGCACUCAGAGUCUCCAGGAAUGACCAGGACGCUGCGUGUGAAUGGCUACUGGGUGACCGGCAGACCCGUCCGGAGACGGUGGACGAUGGACUAGACCCUGACAGUCCAGUAUACAAGGCAAUAUUGGCCAACCCAACUGUCCAGCUGGGUCUGAAUAACCCUCGAUGUUUACUGGCAUUUCUUCAGAUGCUUGAGUCUCCCAUGUCUGCCAAUCAGUGGCUCAACGAUUCAGAGACAGGGCCAAUCCUCAUCCAGAUAUCAAGAAUAUAUCAUGCUGAGAAGAACUCGAAACCUCGCAACAUCCAAAGUGCAGUCGCAAGCUGACGAAUAUGGAGUGCUUCCUUUGUAAUAAUUUAUUAUGCAAUAUGAAAGUUGUUUUCCGUGUAUGUGUAUGCUUCUAGGAGACGAUUGUUACAUUUUUGUACCAAGCCUUUGUAAUGUAAUUGCACAAACUCAGCUUUUUUAAAUUGAGUGAUUGUUUCUCAGGCAUAAACUCACUGUCCAUUUCUAAAGGUUCACAUAUUCUUAUUAUUUUUUCUUAUCCUGACUCAUGAU